GCGGCAAACUCGGAUUUGAAGCACUUCGAUGAUCCGAUUCGAUUCGAUUUAGUUCGAAAAAUUCGACUGAUUUUCGAUUAAACAAAAAUGACUUUAUGCACGGCUGACUGAGUGUCCAAAGCCUCCUUGCAUCUGAGCAACUUUGACUGGCACCCACCAGUCCGGAAGCAGGGUCACUUUUUGCUUCCUUCCCCUUUGGCAACCAUUUUCUCAAUUCAAUAGAGUAUUGAUAGCCAAGUCAAGAUAAAAAAGCAACCAUGUCCAAGCCCAAGAGCCGAAGAAACCUUACCAAGGACGACAGCAAGAGGUUCUACACCAGCGAGAGUGUCCGUGAUCUCUACAGCAGCAAGAGUGUCAAAGAUCUGUACGGUAGUCUCGGUCCUCCCAGCAGCAAGGCUCUCAGCGUUGGCGACGACUCGGAAGAAGAAGAAGAAGAAGAGGAGCAAGUAAUGGAACAAAACGGCAGCAGCAGCAGCAGUCAGAAUCUCAACAACAAUGAUAAAAAGACGGAAAAAGAUAAGGAAAAUGAUCAGUAUUUGAAACUGCAUGAAGUGCUCGAAGAAGCCUACGUGGAUGACGACGAAAAGGAAGAAAAGUGGGAACGGGAACGCAAAAAGAAGCUUUUGGCCGACGUCAAAAAGUUAGUUUCCAAAAAGACAGUCAAGGCGCAAAAUGAUGCCGGAGAAACUGCCUUGCACGUGGGAUUGCGGACCAAAGCACCGACCAAUGUGCUCAAGCUCUUGUUGGAAGUUGAUCCCGAGGCAGUUUCCUGCAUGGAAGACGACAACAAGUGCCUGCCCCUCCAUGCUUCACUCACAUACAAGGCAGAAUUGGUUUUUAUCAAACAACUCCUCAAGGCAUAUCCCGAAGCCAUUGACAAAAAAGACAAAAAGAAACGAACUCCACUUCAUUUGGUCUUUGAGAAAAACGAAAAUGCCGAUCCCAAAGUGGCCAAUACCAUUUUGGAAGAAAGCGUCAAGGCGUCGGAACAGCAAGACAAAUGGGGGCGGACCCCACUGCACACGGCCAUUCAAUUUCAGGCGUCUCUCGAAAUUAUUCGAAAACUCAUCACGGCGGGACCGGCCGCGUUGAAGAAAAAAGAUGCCAAGGAACGAACACCCCUUCAUCAAGCCGUCGAGAAAAAGGCGCCUGUUCCGAUUGUAUUGGAGGUGAUUAAUGCGUAUCCAAAGGGUACGGUCGAAGAAAAUGGAUCCAAACGAAAUCCUCUCCAUGUUGCCAUGGAGUACAGAGCUCCCAAACAGAUUGUCAAAGAACUCGUCGAAAAGAGCCCCAAAAAUUCAUUCAUGGACAAGACCAAAAAGGCACUCGUCAUGCAGGAUUCCUCUGGAUUAACACCUCUCAGUGUAGGAUUGAAAUAUCAGGCUCCCAUUGAAUGUGUCAUGUUUGUCCUCGAUGCAUGUCCCAAAAUGACAAAAGUCGAAGACAACGAAGGCCGACUCCCACUACACUUGGCCAUGGAACACCGGGCACCCAAUGCACCCAUUGUCGAAGCACUCGUCGAAAAGAAUCCAAAAGCACCCAAAGCACUCGAUCAAUGGUUGCGGACACCGCUACACAGUGGAAUGGAAUUUCGAGCGCAAGUCAAUGCGGUACGGACCGUCUGCGACAAGUAUCCCAAAGCAACACAACUGGUCGAUUCCAAUGAUCGAUACCCGCUGCAUUUGGCCAUGCGCUUUGAAGCGCACAAGGAGGCCGUUCAGAUUGUGUUGGAUUUGAGUCACAAACAAGUCGACAAGAAGGACAAAUACCAUCACACCCCACUGCACGAAGGACUGGCGCGACGAGCACCACACAAUUGUGUCAAGAUACUAUUGGAUCAAUGUGAUCCAGAAACAAUCAUGGCAGUCGAUGACAAGGGCAGGAACUGUCUCCAUUUGGGUCUCGAGAAGGAAGCCAAGGGCCGGGUGGUGCAAGAAGUCCUCAAACGAUGUCCCGACCUGGCGCUGGCCCAAGACAAGGAUGGGAACACGCCCUUGCAUAUUGGCAUGAUGAACAAGGCCAAACUAGAAGCAAUUCAAGAAUUUCUCAAGAUCAAGGAAGCCGAAGAAAUGGUCAAGAUCCGCAACAACGAUGGGAAUACGGCCUACCAGUUGGGCCAAACCCACCGAGCACCAGUCUCCUGUAUGCAGGCAGUACGCAAUGUUUCGGAUAAGAAGGUGCCGGAAAAGAAGGUACCGGAAAAAAAGGUACCGGGAAAGAAGAAGAGGGAAAAGAAAGACGAGAAGAAAGAUAUAUCGUAGUGUAGCAAGCAAGCUAUCGGCAGGGUAGUACAGUAGUUGAGUAAUAGUGUUGUAGUAUUUAUUUUGUUGAGAUACCCUUUGUCUUGCGGAGCGCGAAUUGCUCUCUCUUUUGUGCCAUAGCUGCAGUCCUCUCGGCAUCAGACGGCCCAUCUGUGCCAAAUGCGGCCCCACCUACAAGCUAGCUUGGCUAGUAGAGCCACCCGUACCCACAACCCGUUGCCUAACAUCGAGCUGAUGAUCU